AUGCAGCGUUCAUAUAGAUGUCCUUGCUCUGUGCGAGCUCUGGAGGCAUUUGUACGAGAUGUCGCUGGCCUCGACAUUCGUCAACGACGCAACUUUAUCAGCUUCAGGAAUCUAAGCACCCGUUCGACACUGCAGAUGCGGCCUUCUUCGAUGCACUCCGCUAUCCCUCAAGCACACACAGUCACUCGAUCUCUCGAUGACACUUUCGUACCGUUCGAGUCUACUACUACUACUACUCUUGGACAAUCACAUACAACGCAAAAUGCCCUUUCGCAGUCGUCGUCACUUACAACACCUCCGAUCGACACAUCAAACACACCGGAGCCGUUCGACCCAGAUGAAGAGCUUGGAAGCAUAGAGGAGUUCGAGCCUGAGAUAACAAUACAUGAAGAGCAUGCACAAACUGAAGCCGACCCGAUCGUACGAGACGCGCAGAUACAACAUCUAGACCUGAAGGACCGAGACCAAGCGAUUGAUGCCAUAUUCUUCCCAGACUUAGUCGCGCACACACCAUCCAAAUCGAACGACUUGCAGACUCUAGGCCAAAGGCUCAAUAUAUUCUUCUCACCUACAACAGCACAAAAUUAUCCUGGCAAGAAUGCUCGCAAAAAGGCAAGGAAAGCAACACAAGUUGUAGGUGCACAGCCGACUCCACCUAAACGACCAAUCUCGAAAUCAAAGACCAGAAAGGAGCCGGCCCAAACACCAGAGCUCGACGCAAAAGCAAAGGCAAAAGCAGACAGAAAGGCAAAGCGAGCGGCACGAACCGCAAAAGUCCAAAAGGCAGUCCUGGAACAAGAUGCCGAAGAUGAAGACACAAUCGAUAUGGCCUCUUUGAUCGCAUCCGCAACAGGUCCUAAACCUCUUUCCGAAGCAAAGGCAAAGAAAAUAGCAAUAGCGAUAAAGGCCAGAAAAGCAGAAGAAAAAGCUGCCAAAAAGGCUGCUAUGGAAAAACUCGUCGAGCAGCAGGCAGCAGCCAAAGAAGCUCAAAAGGAGCGUAAUCGCAAUAAAGAGCGCUGGCAGGUUGAGAAAGCAGUGCUGCAAGAGAAAUUCGGAGAACAAGGUUGGAAUCCCAGAAAAAGGAUUUCUCCAGAUGCAUUGGCUGGUAUCAGAUCUUUACACGCCAAAUCGCCAGAGACGUUCAGUACACCUGUAUUGGCCGAUCAUUUCAAAAUCCCACCAGAAGCCAUUCGCCGGAUCCUAAAGAGUAAAUGGCAACCCAAUGAAGAAGAAGCAGAAGAGAGAAGAGAGAGAUGGGAGAAAAGAGGAGAAAAGAAAUGGUCAGAGAUGGCCGAGCAAGGUAUCAAGCCACCCAAAAAGUGGAGAGAAAGAGGUGUAGGUAAAGUUGGCCCUGGAGAGGUGCCGCCGUGGAAGCAACCUGGCAAAGCUGGCGAACGAUGGAUUGAAAGCACAGAUGCGGAUAAAUUCGUUGUGGCUGGAGAUCAGGUGGCCGAGGAAGAUAUGGAUGAAUUUAAUGAUGUUGAUAUUGCAUCUAGGAUUUUGUAG